CGCACCCUCUUCACUUCACUUCUCUUCUCUUCUCCCUAAACAAUUAAAAACACACCUUGUAAAAAACAUGUCCUCACUUGUCAAACCGUAAUCUGCCAUGUGUCUCUCGAAUGCUUCACAAACCACCUUAAUCCUCCGCCUAGUAGUAGUGCCCCUUCCAGCUCCUCCGACCUUAGCUGCUUUGGCCACCCCCCAAAUAUGCCAUCACGCGCCGCCAUCUAUAACUUGCCUCGCUGUCUGACCACUGCCCUCCAUCACCAUGUCUGAGCAUUCAGCUGCCGGAAGUGCUCCCCUCUACUGCCCCGAGGACACCGAUGAAGUGGUCCAAUCCCACCCCGACGCUGCGAUCCCCUACAAUCAGGAGCCCGAUGAUGAGUCCACCAUCAACCAUCUCUUCGACUCCGAGAGCCACCAUAUGCCCUCCCCUGACUACCUCCUCCGCCGCCUCUGCCUCCACCACCUCACCUCCCGCCAAGACUCCAUCAACUGGAUUCUCAAGGUCCAUGCACGCUACGAUUUCAAGCCCGCAACGGCUCUCCUCGCCGUCAAUUACUUUGACCGGUUCCUCUCCUCUUACCAUCUCCCGGGAAAUGGGUGGCAAUAUCAGCUGUUAUCGGUGGCCUGCCUUUCCCUGGCUGCUAAGAUGGAGGAACCACGCGUCCCCCUUCUCAUUGACCUCCAGAUUAUGGAUCCCACCUACGUAUUCGAUCCCAAGACUGUUCAAAGGAUGGAGCUUUUGGUGAUGGCCAAUCUGGAUUGGAGACUCUCCUCCGUUACUCCGUUCGACUUCCUCCACUACUUCAUCUCCAAACUUUCUCCACUCUCUGCUCAUCAUCAUGCCUCUCCACAGCCCCCACACCCUACUCCUACUGCUAUUCACAUUUUAUCCACGUCUUCUGAUCUUGUUCUAAACACCAUCCGGGUGAUAGACUUCGUGAGAAUCUCGCCGUCGGUUAUUGCAGCGGCUGCCGUGGUAUCAGCCGCCGGGAAGGAAUUGGAGUCAUUACCCCUCACAUUUUACGAGAGGGUGGAAAAAGAAAUGGUGAGAAGCUGUCACCAACUAAUGGAAGAGUAUUUGGUGGACACCUGUCCGAGAUCUGACCGUAAAGUCAGGUCAAGGAUGCAGAUUCUAGCUGCUGCGCCGCCGAGCCCAGUCGGCGUCCUCGAGUCUGCGGCUUGUGUUAGCUGCGACACGCGUUCCGAGAAUCCUUGUUCGGCGGCUGGGAGCGGGACUAUUGGCGCCGCUCAGGAGCAUGAGCCGCCGCAACCCAAGCGGCUGCGAUCUUCUGUUGGGGAUAUACAGGAAUUGCAACGCUAGACCAGCCGUAUUCAUAUGCUGCCCUCCCCUUCCUUUUCAUGUUUGCAAUCUACAGUUAAUAAUUUUAUUUAUUUUUUAUUAAUAUUUUUUCGCUCGUAGAUCUCUUUGCCGUUGGAUUAUGACACCUUGGACGGCUUGGAUUGAAGGAGAGUAGAGGAAAUAUGUAUAUUUUAUCUUCAGUAAUUUCUUAAAAACUGUAUGAAUUUUGUAGUCUUAUGGCGGCCAUAUUUGGCCAGGCUGAGUCAGUGGAUUAGCCUAUAUAAAAGGACCCAUUUUGUGAAUUA